AUGAAUAAAAAUGCUUUUGAAGAUUUUGACAUCAUAGUAAUAGGUGGGGGGCACGCUGGCAUUGAAGCCUCAUUAAUUAGUGCAAAAUUAGGGCAGCAAGUGGCUUUAAUCACCCUUGACAAAAAUAAGAUUGGCCUAAUGCCUUGUAAUCCUUCGGUGGGCGGGGUAGCCAAAGGAAUAGUGGUGCGCGAAAUUGAUGCCUUAGGUGGCGAAAUGGGCAAAGCAGCCGAUGCAACCGCCCUCCAAUUUAAAUUACUAAAUACUUCCAACGGUCCGGCCGUGCAAGCCCUCCGCGUUCAAUCUGACAAAAUUGCUUACGCUCGUUAUAUGCAAGAAGUCGUAAGUAAACAAAAAAACUUGACAGUUAUUGCAGGAGCCGCGAAAAACUUGUUAAUUACAGAGGGAAAAAUAAAUGGAGUAGAAUUGAAUAAUGGUGAAAUUUUUUCCACAAAAAUAGUAAUUUUGACUACUGGCACUUAUCUGCAACCAAUUACUUACAAAGGUAAAGAGAGCCAAGUCGAAGGACCGGACGGCGAAAAAAAAGUAAUAAAUAAUAUUUCUCAACAAUUACAAGGGUUAGGAUUUAAAUUAAAACGCUUCAAAACGGGAACCUCACCGCGCAUUUUAACUAAUACUAUUGAUUUCUCUGGUUUGAAAGUAGAGCCGGGCAGCGAUUUACUACUCAGAUUCUCUUCUCGAAGCGAUUAUACAAAAUUGCUGCCUUUGGAAAAGCAACUACCCUGCUAUUUACUUCAUACCAACGAAAAAACUCACCAAAUUAUUCGGGACAAUUCCCAUCUCUCACCAAUUUUUUACAAGCAAGACAUUGGCACUGGACCGCGCUAUUGCCCCAGCAUUGAAGAUAAAAUUUAUCGGUUUGCCGACAAAGAAAGACACCAAAUAUUUUUAGAACCCGAAUCUAAGCAACUAGACACAACCUACAUUCAAGGAUUAUCAACCUCCCUACCAGCCGAGAUCCAAGCCGAAAUUUUAAAAACUUUGCCAGGAUUAGAAAAAGCCGUGGAAGCGGCCGCUCAGGGAUUAAUGGCCGGAAUAAAUGCUAGUCGUAAAUUAAAAAAUCAGGAACCGUUGAUUCUCGGCCGAGACCAAGCCUAUAUUGGAGUAUUAAUUGAUGAUCUAGUAAAUAAGGAAAUUACUGAUCCUUACCGACUACUAACUUCCCGGGCCGAAUACCGUUUGCUAUUACGACACGAUAAUGAAUUAAGUCGAGAAGAACAACGAGAACUAGAAGUUAAUAUUAAAUACCAAAAACAAAUUGAAAAUCAAUUAAAAGAAGUAAAAGAAUUAAGCAAAUAUGAAGCCAGAAAAAUCCCUCACGAUAUUGAUUACCUAAAAAUCGACAAUUUAGCGGAAGAGGCCAAAGAAAAACUAACUAAAAUAAAACCGGCUUCUUUGGGACAAGCCCAACGAAUAGCAGGAAUUAACCCGACUGAUAUCCAAAUGCUAAAUUACUACCUAAAUAAGAAUAAUUUUUAA